AUGUCUUCUGAUACCGGCAACUCGGGGGCGAAUGCCAACGACCUUGCUCGGCAGCGCCGCGGCUCCAUCACCUCCAGCGCCUUCACCAACCUAUUUCGCAACAACUCGGUAUCGCAACCGCCGACCAAUUCCUUCCCGACUCCCCUGACGUCGAAUGCGGACCAACGCCGGCGGCUAUCGGUUACUACAUUGGGCCUUUCGGGCACGUCUCCGACGAACACUUCGGCGCUUUUCCGUCGCGGCAGUCUAUCUAUCAACCCAGAUUCGAUUGACGAAAAUGCCAUUGAGGACGAAGACAGCACCCGCACUACACCCAUCACACCUUUCUCCCGCCGGAUGAGCUUUGGUACUGCCCAAGCCAUGCGAGGCGCUCGGAACGGUAGCGCGUCUGGCAACAAUGGUAGGCAGCCCCAGACGAUCCGUCGCAACAGCACCGCCCGUGGUAGUCCACCCACGCCCCCGCUCUCGUCCAGCGUUGGCAAUUACACGUGGGGGAAACUAUCUUCCCAGGCAAGCACUGCAAACCAGCCCCAAACAGGAGCUGACUUCCCUCCUUCCGCUCGAUCAGACCAAGGCUUCAACUGGUCCGAUCAGCUUAGGUCCCGCGCCGAAAGCACCGUAGCCUCUGGCCCUCGGCCUUCGUUCUCAUUCAGCUCGGGCGUCAACAACUCUCCUCCUCGGGCCGCUGCGCCCCCGCCCGCCAGCCCUCGCCAUGACCGGGCCAAGUCUGUCUCCGAAAUGCCGGCGCCCCCGGCUCAGCCUCCCCGGGCCCGGGCGCCCCAGAAGCCCGACGCCUUCCAGGAGAGGAUUCUAAAGGGCGACUUCUACAUGGACUAG